UGGUUUGAAUGUUUGAAGGUAGGUCUGACAGGAACCUACACAUAAAGGUUGAAUGACGUCAGCAGUGCCAGUGGAUCCAGUCAGUAGAAAGACAGCAUCUCCUCCCCCAGCUCCGCUCCGCUGCUGCUGCUGCUGUUGGCCCUUGUGCGUCUAAGGAGUACUUGUCAUCCGUCUGUUUUCUAUUGUUUUGCUCUUUUCGGGAAUAACACCAUGGGGAGAUUAGAUGCACUUCGGCAGUUUAAUUUGAUCAAAUGGCUCAGAGAGGAGCGACAGUCGAGGAAACUGAUUCUCUUCAUUGUGUUCGUCGCUCUGCUCCUGGAUAACAUGCUGCUGACUGUAGUCGUUCCCAUCAUUCCCAGCUAUUUGUACAACCUGGAUGAGUCAACAGACGUGGUGAUGAACAACAACACCUUGUCACAGCCUCCAGGAGCCUUCCACAACAUUGUGUCCUUAUACGACAACACUGUGAGGUCUUCGGGCUCCAAUACCACAGCCAGGUCUACUGACCUGGUCCCCGAGGCCCCCGCUGCUGCAGAGCUGCCAAAGAACUCCUCCGACUGCCCCCAGUCCACCAGCAAGCUGCUCAAUGAGAAUGUCAGAGUGGGAUUGCUGUUUGCCUCCAAGGCCACUGUACAGCUGAUUGUCAACCCCUUCAUAGGGCCGCUCACAAACAGAAUAGGAUACCAACUUCCCAUAUUCGCUGGCUUCUGUAUCAUGUUCAUCUCUACUAUAAUGUUCGCCUUCUCAUCGAGCUACACUCUGCUGUUUCUGGCCAGAUCGCUUCAAGGUGUGGGCUCCUCCUGCUCAUCUGUGGCUGGGAUGGGAAUGCUUGCUAGUGUGUACACAGAUGAUGAGGAGAGAGGUCACGCAAUUGGGAUCGCCCUGGGAGGUCUGGCAUUGGGAGUGUUAGUUGGACCCCCAUUCGGCAGUGUGAUGUAUGAGUUUGUUGGGAAAACAGCUCCUUUCCUUAUUCUGGCUUUCCUGGCUGUGUUUGAUGGAGCUCUGCAGCUCUUUGUUCUUCACCCGACAAAGGUGGAACCAGAGAGUCAGAAGGGGACCCCGCUGUUGACACUAAUGAAGGAUCCAUACAUUCUAAUCGCAGCUGGUGCCAUUUGUUUUGGAAAUAUGGCCAUUGCCAUGAUGGAGCCAACGCUGCCAAUCUGGAUGAUGGAGACCAUGUGUGCCAGGAAAUGGCAGCUAGGCGUCGCUUUCUUACCAGCGUCCAUCUCCUACCUUAUUGGAACCAACAUCUUUGGCACGUUGGCACACAAGAUGGGGAGAUGGCUUUGUGCUCUCAUUGGAAUAAUGAUGGUUGGAAUCAGUGUAAUAUGUGUUCCAUUUGCCACAGACAUUUAUGGUCUGAUUCUUCCAAACUUUGGUGUUGGUUUUGCAAUUGGCAUGGUGGAUUCCUCCAUGAUGCCUAUAAUGGGUUACCUGGUGGACCUGCGGCAUGUUUCUGUUUAUGGAAGUGUGUAUGCCAUUGCUGAUGUGGCUUUCUGCAUGGGAUUUGCUUUAGGUCCAUCCAUCGGAGGAUCCAUAGCUGAGAGUAUUGGCUUCCCCUGGCUGAUGACCAUAAUUGGAAUAGUGGAUAUUUUCUUUGCUCCUCUUUGCCUCUUCCUCAGGAAUCCACCUGGACAAGAAGAGAAAAUUGCCAUUUUGAUGGACACCAACUGUUCAAUGAAGACAAGGUCCUACUCCACACAGGGGACGUACUACCAGGGCGAAAACAUGGAUCCAGAAUAUGACGAUUAUGAUUAACAGGACACCAGCCAUGCAGGUUAACCCUUCAGAGGAUCUAUUUUGUUGUACAAAAGAAAAGGAACACAGAAGAAAAAAAAAACAGCAACGAAACAUAACAGCCAAGAUAUUUCCAUGUGAAUGUCCCGCGUUCAGUCUUCACUGUUCAGUGUCCUCUUAGCAGUUGUACUGGAGCAAACCAAAGUUGUUCUUGAUCUGUGGUUGUGUGAGAGAUAUUUUUUUUAGCCAACAGCCUUAUAUAGUAGAGAGUUGUGUCAAAAGGCAUUAGGGGGGUGCUGAGCAACAAGUACGCUUUGCUGGUUCAUUUGGAAUACAACUGUCUAAUUCAUGUGUCAGCCAUUAAAUGUCUCAUUUCUAUCUACUGUAUGUCCAUGAUACUGUCCAGAGUAUUAUUACCAGACGUUGGUGUGCAAGUUGGUAUUAUAUUGGGUAAUUGUGUGGUAUGUCAAGAAACUGUUCAAAAUCCUGGAAGGUUUGCUGGUCCGACCUAUGGUCCUCGUUUGCAUUGAUACUGUUACAAAAGUACAUACUUAGGCUUCCCCAGGCCAACUGUUCUGGCUGAACUGCGUGGAGAAGGCAACACAUUUCAGCUGCUUGAGAAAAGGAUGAGGAAUGUAUUCUAAAACACAAUAUAGAUAUUUGAUAUCCUCCUAAUAAGAACAGAACCUACAUGUUUUGGCAACGUCAGAGAAAAAGCUUUAAAACUGCUGUUUUACUGUUUUUUUAUUUAAUAAAUCAUUAAUACUGUAAAUUCUCAAAUAGUGGCCUUUAUUUACCUCAAUGGCAAGGAGAACCAGGCUUAGAACAGGCUUACAGUGAAGACAUUCAUUCCUAUUUUCCUCUGUUCCUCUGUUAAUGCAAAUUCAAAAUGUCCUUUAACUUAUGUUGUCUUGAUAGAUUCAUUAUAUCACAACAGGUACAUUUCCACAGCACUAAUUCCAUCAGUACAACAACAGUCAUGUCAUACUCGCCACUAAGCUGCACUGAGUUUGUCUUUUUAACAGAAAUACUGUUUAUAUUCACUCACUGAUUCCAGCCACUUCUACUCUGAUGUUUUCUCAAUCGAUGUUGAGCUACAGAGAAUGAAACUCCAGUAGCUCCAGGACUUCCAGCAUUCCCUUUAUUGUUAGGCUUUUAAUGUGAACAAUGUGAAGUGUUGCGUUUCAUUGACAAUAGCUUAACAUCGAUGUGGGAAAAGUGAAAAGACUAGAAUUAAUUGGUGAAUGAAAACAGUAUUUCUCCUAAAAAAAGAAAAAGUGAGAGCAGCAUAGUGGUGAGCAUGAUAUGAGUCAGUUGUUGUACUAAUGGAACAAUGUAUGGGAUUGAUCAUGUGAGUGUUGUAGUAGACGUGUAUUAGUGACCCGCUUGUAUUUGUUCAUACUGGUCACACUCACGUCUAUUACUUGGCACUAGGUCAUUAUUUGAAUAUCGGCUUUGAGAAUUUCCAGGUAUGUCCCCCUGUAUCAUAAAAAAACCUGUCCCAUUUCAUGUCAUAUUUCCCAUGGAUACUGCUGUUGAGAAAUAGAUAUAGAAAGCCUAUGCUCUGUUUCCAUUUAGUACCAAAAUAUAACCAACCCUCUGGAAGAAACAAGUUUCACACCAUAUUUACGAUAUUCCUUUGCAAUUUAGUAUUACAGCAUGAACCCAGUAUUAUUACACCUAAUAAAGUUUGGAAGUGGCUGAUUUAAAUAAACUGAAAGCUUCCACACAGUUUCUCUGUCUGUAAACACUCUCUUUUGUAGAGAAAUGUAUACUCCAGCAAAGCAGGGUUAUAUAAAAGGUAGAUGGUGCAUCCCAGCUAAUAGCUUCUUCUGUGUUGGAUUCUCCAGCUCUCCAUUCCCUCAAAAGUCAGCACUGUCAAGAUGGUUUGCUCUUGGUCAAAGAAGCAAAUUUGUGUGUUGAACCAAAAUUGAGCUUGAAGCAGUCGAUUCACAUGGAUUUGCCUCUGUGAAAGGAUCCAAUGAUUGCAGUGAUUCCAUUAAAUUAAUUGAUUUUGCUUCUAAUUUUUGUGGUUUUAAACGCUGCUCUGACUGGGCCUUGAUAGGGCAGAAAACUGCUGUUCCACUGCUAUCUAUGGAUUCAACAUCUUGGCCAAACCUUAAUCAGUGAUGUCACUGCAGGUAUUUUCAUCAGCUGUCCAAGGAAAAAGACUUACUGUGACAUUACUAAUGGGGAUUUUACUUCAAGGGAACACUUAAAAGUUUUGCCGUGCAAAGAGCACUUCCUUGUGUAAUUCAACAUUAAACCUAUGUUUUGAGUAUCAACGUAAAAAGGCUUGAAAAAUUGGCUCUGAAAAGUUUCUAGCUUGCUUUGUCAUGCAUGACAGCAACUGUAGACUGCUUGAAUUCCCAGCAGUUGGAUGGAUGGAUGGUUUCCAAUUGCGACCCAGAAAAGAAAACGCAUUAAAACCUUAUAAACUUCUCCUGCAGUAUAAGUCAUUUUUCCUCUGUCCAUCAGCACUCAUGCUAUGUUCCCAACGCUUGACAAAAUAUGCCAAAAUAUAGCUAAAUACAGAGAUAGCUGUUUACAAUAGACCUUUUUCAUUUUGACAUGUCAUAAAAAAGCACAAGUGUUAUUUCUAAUGUUAAUAACGACCGCAUUCCAUUUAGAUGAUCCAGUUCCAGGGUCUUGGUAUUGCAUACUACUUCACUGCAAUGGCUUACUUGGACACUAAGGGUAGAAACAUGGAAAGCAGCGAGUCAGGUAGAGCAGCAGGCUCCCAUCCAUUUUCUGUGAGAAACAUUAAAUCCUUCAUGAGAAUCAGGAUAACCAGCGGUGAGAGAUGAACAGUGACCUGGAAGGAGUUCAAAAUCACCUGACAUCUGUCAUAUUUUUAUUGUAAAGUGUCAUUUGCAGCUCAUUAUUUUACAACACUCAGAUCAGAUGCAGCUUCUACACUGAUUUGUUUCGUGAGCCAAAAUAUCAACAGUGGAAGCUGCAAUAAACUGCAUUUUGAUUGACAGCUUGAUGGAUCUACCCACCAGCGGCUGAGUGGGGGAGGUGUCGGCAUUUCUUGGCAACCUUGCCACUUCCUGUGUGUUUCCGCCCUGAGCCAUCAUUAUGUUAUUAUUUACGCCUGUGUUAUCUUUGCUUUGACAAGUCAAAAUGUUGGAAAAGGAUGUGUGGAAAAGGUCUGUUGUCACAUGUGACAAGUGGGUUUUAGUGGGUGUUUUUGAUGGCAUUCCUUUGUCAGAAUAUACUAUAUAUAUAUAUAUAUAUAUAUAUAUAUAUAUAUACAGUCCAUUCAUAUUGGGUUUCACCAAUGUGCAUCGGAAUGGUUGAACAUUUUUGGGAAAUACGCUUAUUCGCCAGGUUAGCUGUUUCCCCGCAGUUUUUAUGCUAAACUAAGCUAACUAGCUACAUCUUCAGGUUCGAUCUACAUAUGUACUGUACGUACAUGAGAGUGGUACCAAUCUUCUCAUCAAACUCUAUAUUCUGGGGGAUAUUCUGUGUUUAUAUUCAAUAUUCUGACAUUUACAAAUCCUUGCAAAAAUGAAAAAUACAAAAACAUAAAAUAGACAUGGUAUUCAUUGAUUCCACCACAAUUAUGUUGGUGGAGUGGAAAAGCCUCUCAAACUAUAUUUUGGGACUCUAAUGGGACACUGCGAACCAGUAAUCGAAUCCUACUAAUAAUCUACCUAAUUGUUGGUCAUUUUCACACUGGAAUAAUAUAAAAAAAAUAUUAAGGGUUUUUCAUAGACAAUCAUGUACAAUAAUGAUUUAAUCAUAUUGCAUUCUACACUAUAUGUCUGUCAUAUCAGAUGACACUGACCUGAGAUCUGAUGUUUACAAAAAUGCCAAUAUCUGCCUUAGAAAUGGGCUUAACACAGCUGAUGUCAUUUCUUAUCUGUCUUUAAAUAAUCUCAGUGGAUUAACCUCAAUGGACAGAGCCAACAAUCUUUAGAACAUUAGACUGAAUAAAAUAAACAGUAAGAGAAGUAGCCAACAUAUACAGCUGAGCAUGAUUAGUGCUAACCCUGUGUCCUAGUUGCCAUACCAUCGCACUGCACUAGGUCUAACAGUAGUAAUGGUAAGGUAGUGAGGACCAGCAUCAUGGAUGUUGUUCCAUAAUGUGAUGAGGACCUACGCAUGGCUGGAAAGUGAAAAACACUGAACACUGGUGAAACAACACCAGAGGCAGCUAAGAAAAUAAAAAAUGUUAAGUGAAGGCUCUGUUGUUCUGUAUUUGCAGUUUAACAUUCAAAAAUUGCAUAAUUUCUUGUCUACAGUAGCAUACAUUUCUUCUUCUCUUUUGUUUUUAGAUUAUCAUUAUUAUAUUAUUAUUAAGACCCUAACCAUUCAGCUACCAGGCAGCAUCAAUUUCUUGUACGCUAACUGCAAAAAUAUUGUUUUCUCAACAUGAGUAUACAGUGUAUACAUUUUAUUAUUAGUUUGAUAUGGAUACACACCUUCUAAGGCAACCUCCAGGUUCAAAGCUGAGCUAAAUAUCCUGCUGAAGGCUAAGUGCUUAGAUGGUAGGAUGAUAGAUCGGUAGGUAGAGUUAGCGUAGCAGACGUUACAGGAUAAAUAUGGUGCUCAUGACUGAAUGGAAAACAGCAACGCCCUUUAAAUGGUUUUUUUUUUGUAAAAUAUUUUCUAGAUUUUGGCCACAUUUUUAAUUCUAUUUUUUGUUAGUUAGCUAGUUCAUACCUUCAAAAUGUGUUUAUUUGGCUCCACCCCCUGAUAUUUAACUUGGCCAAUGAGAUUAUUUCUCCCUCAUAAACUUUGAUGGAUGAAUGGAAUGAUAUUAUUUCUGCCUCUGGUGCAGCUCUACUUCUCAGAAAUGUGUGGAAAAUUACAUUACAAACUGAUUUGUUCCUAUAUUUUAAUUAAUCUUUUUUUCAAAGACUCCUGUAAUGUCCAUUGUGUUUCUAAUAUACUGUAAUGUUCAGAAUGUUGUGUCACAUGUAGUGUUUUUUGAUUUCCUCAUAAACUUGCUGAUAGGUUGUGAAAAACUG